AUGGCUGCCUCAUCGAGCGUCGUGGCAACUUUGGCGGUAGUGCCGCUUUUGCCCCUCGUAUUCCUCUUGCUUAUACGGUUAUCACUGCGCGCCCUUGGUUGGUAUCUACGGUCACAGACUGGGGAUCGAAAGGCCGCAAUUAUCGAAAGGAUCAGACGUGAGAGAGCCGUGUUCUCGGAUACUCGGCCUGCAUCCCAGGAAGCCGAAGAUGGGUGGGAGAAGGUCGAGAAGGAAGGCACCGCUGAGAAUGGCAAGCCUCAUGAGGAUGAAUGGGGCGGAGUCUUUGGCUUCUUCCAUCCCUUUUGCAAUGCUGGUGGUGGCGGUGAGAGAGUGUUAUGGGCUGCCAUAGCCGCAACUCAGCGACGAUGGCCCAACGCCACAUGCGCCGUUUACACCGGUGACCACGACAUUGACCGAGCGAUGGUCGUCGCAACGGUCAGGAAUCGCUUUGGAAUCGCCCUUCAAGAACACUCCCUGGUCUUUCUGUACCUUUCGAGGCGUCGUUUUGUUCUUGCGAGCUCUUAUCCUUACUUUACACUGUUGGGGCAGUCACUCGGCUCCGUGGUCCUAGCUUAUGACGCCUUUCAGCUGCUCGUGCCCGACAUCUUUGUCGACACCAUGGGUUACGCAUUCGCAGUGGCGCUUUGCAGAUACCUCUUCCCCAAUGUGCCUAAUGCGGCAUAUGUGCAUUAUCCGACUAUUUCUACCGACAUGCUGGACAGCCUUGAGGACACGACAGGUCAAAAGGGGAUCCAUGCCGGUGCCGGGAAAGGGCUGAAGGGUAAGGGAAAGAAAUAUUAUUGGCGUGCCUUUGCAUGGCUCUACGGAUUUGUUGGCAGUCAGAUCGACGUCGUGAUGUGCAAUUCGACCUGGACGCAAGGCCACAUCCGACAGCUUUGGAAACCGAAAGGAGCAUCCCCCUCGUUCGCCGCUAUAGUUUAUCCGCCCUGUCCAGUGGAAGAGUUGGAAGCACGAAUCCCGUUGACAGAGGAAAGUGAGAAACAACGGGAAAAUAUUGUCCUCUAUAUCGCUCAAUUUCGACCUGAGAAGAACCAUUCUUUAAUUCUUCGGUCGUUUGCCAAGUUCUACCACGCAGCAAAGGAGAAACCACGGCUAGUUCUCAUUGGGUCGGUUCGAAGCAAUACGCCGGAUGAGAAGCACAUCUACGGCCUCCGACUCGAAGCACACGAACUAAAGAUUAAGGAUGCCACUACCUUUAUCUGUGAUGCGCCCUUCUCAGUCAUCCUGGAAUAUCUUCGGAGGUCGAGUAUUGGGACGAACGGCAUGUACGCAGAACAUUUUGGGAUCGGUAAUGUUGAAGGACUGGCGGCGGGACUCAUCCCAGUGGUACACAACAGUGGCGGACCCAAGCUCGAUAUCGUGGUUCCAUUCGAAGGGCAGCCCGUUGGAUUUCAUGCCGAGACCGAGGAUGAGUUUGCCGAUGCUUUUGCCCGCGUGACGGCCAUGAGCCCGCAGGAACGAUAUGCAAUGAGACUAAGAGGGCGUGCAAGUACAAAGCGAUUCACAGAGGCGGUAUUUGCCGGGAAAUGGGUCGAGCAGAUGGAGAUCCUGGUGAGGCUGCAGAAGUUACGGAACAACCAUAACCUAUAG